AUUGAAGACUGGCAAGUCCAGAUGGAAAGAGAAAAGCAGACCAGCCGGGAUCUGGCGACUCUCUGUGAGGAGCUGGUGGAGGAGAGAGAACAGCUGCUCCGUGACAUCGAGACCCUGAAGGCUGAGGAAGCCCAGGAGUUCAAGGAUCUUAAACAACUGGUGCGUUCGCUGCGGGAGAGUUCACAGACCAGCAGCAAGGCCCGCAUGAAGGGCCAGAAGACUGAGAAAAAAGUGCUCCUCCAGACGGUGACGGACACCAAAAGGAAAGUGACCAUGAUGGAGUGGGAGCGGCUGCAGCUGUGCCGGGACCUGGAGCAGGUGAAGGAGCACGUGGUGCGGGCGCAGAAGCUGGAGCAGGAGCUGCAUCGCCUGCAGGAGGAGAUCGAGAAGCUGGCCAUGGAGGUCAGCGCCCUGACGACGGCCCCUCAGAAGGUCCACGCCCUCAAGCGGGAGAGCCCGGACCUGUUGCUGGAGAACCAGAGGCUGCAGACGUCUCUGGACACCCUGCAGCCCGAGGGCCUGGAGCAGGACAAGCAGCUGGACACCAGGCAGGUGGAAAAUUCCACUCUGAGCUCCCAGAGCGCCUCGCUCACUGCGCUCACAGAGCAGAACACGCAGCUCCAGCACCAGCAGCUGGCGGCAGCCCACAAGGCCCUGCAGCAGGAACACGCGUGCCUGGGCGUGCUCCACGAGCGCCUGACUAGGGAGCACGAGGCCCUUCUGGACAAGUACCGCCGCCAGAAGACACUGCUGAGUCGGACCCUGAAGCUGGAGAGCAAGGCUCUCAGUGACAGUUUCCUCUGGUCCCGCUGCUUCACAGUGAAGAGAAGUAAAUCCACCUUCACCCUCAGCGAUGUGGAGUUGGUGCGGCUGGAGACUGAGGGGCAGGAGGGUCCCCCAGGGGAGAAGGCGGGUGUGUUUCCCUUCAACAGAUACAAGGACCAGCUCCAACAUAAGGCGGCGCUGGAGCAGCUGGGGACGCUCUUGACCACCGAGCGGGAGGCUCUGCAGCAGGAGCAGAGGACGAGCACCAUGGCCGCCGAGGAGAACCAGAGGCUGCAGCGAGAGCUGGACAGGGCCAAUUCCCUGCACCAGCAGCUGAAAGGGGAGCAGGAGGAGCUGCAGACCCACACUAAGAAGCUGCAGACCUCCCUGAACAACACCCAGCUGCAGGCCCAGUGUGAGGGGCUGAAGGUGGAGCUAGAGGAGCUGUAUGCUCUCAACAAGGAGCUGCAGGCCGACGCCAAUGAGCUGCUCACAGAAUACAAGGAGCUGCUCACAGACAACAAGGAGCUGCAACUGUCCCUGAAUGACACGCAGUGGGAAGUGAACAGCUGGCAGGCCCGGUACGAGGAGCUGAAGGGGCAGCAGGAGGAGCUGCAGACUCACAGCAAGAAGCUGCAAACCUCCCUGGACAACACGCAGCUGGAGGUGAACCACUGGCAGGCCCAGUAUGAGGGGCUGAAGGCAGAGCAAGAGGAGCUGUACGCCCUCAACAAGGAGCUGUACACCCUCACCAAGGUGCUGUAUGCCCUCACCAAGGAGCUGCUCACAGACAACAAGGAGCUGCAACUGUCCCUGAAUGACACGCAGCAGGAAGUGAACAGCUGGCAGGGCCGGUAUGAGGAGCUGAAGGGGGAGCAGGACGAGCUGCUCACAGACAACAAGAAGCUGCGAACCUCCCUGAACGACACGCAGCUGCAGGUGAACUGCUGGCAGAACCAGUGCAACUGGCUGAGGGAGGAGCUCCAGAGCACGGACAUCUCGCUGACCGAGCUGGACAACCGCUGCCAGCUGGUCUCCCGCCUCAAGGGCAACUUGGAGGGAGAAAACCGUCACCUGCAGAGCCAAAUCCAAAGGCUGAAAGAGCAGAACCAGAGGCUUCUCCAGGAGGACGUGGAGGACAAGGACCAGCACCAGGAGGAGCAGCAGCAGUACGUAGACAAAUUCAAUGCCUUACAGAGACAAAAUGAAAAACUGGAAGAAAAAAGCAUGGCUCAGCACAAGUUCCAUGAUCCAGCGCCAAAGAAGAAAAAGCACUGGAUUGGAGCCAAAGUCUUAGUCAAACUCAUCAAACUAAAGAAAGGGGGAUCCAGAGAACGACCAAAGUCAACCCCACAGAGGCCUCCCUGGCCGCUGGGGUCCUCAGACCAGGCCUCGCCCAGUACUUCUCAGCCUCUUCAAUCGCAGCUGGAACCCCUCGAGGCCACCCCAUGCUGCUCAAAGGUGACAGAAGAGCAAGACACCUGCAGGGGGCCCAGGGGAAAAGGCCCUGGGGACCCAAUACCAAAGGGAGUGGCCCCACACAGAGGCAGCCUUGACCGCACUCGAGGAGAUGCCUCCGCUGACCCAGCCACCAAGCCCCGGCCAUCAGAGCUGGGCUCCGGGCCCUGUUCAUCCUCAGCCAUCACUACAGCUCCUUCCAGCUCCACCUCCACCUCCCGGCACCCAGGCCGCACCCACGGGCACAAUUCAGAUGACAGCCCCUGUGAACGGUCCCUGGAGAUCCAGUUCCCCACCACAGGCAGCACGGGGAGUGGGCAGUGCGUGGUGCCCUUCAGCCUGUGUUCUCAGACCUGUUUCCAUCAGCAGUGCUUUUCCUUCAAGCUAAG